AUGUGGAAGCUGUUCUUCCAAAACAAUGCUGCUAUUCUGGACAAGGCUCUUCUGGAUUACUCCAGCAUGAACCCCAACACCAGCAGUCCAGCUAUGCCAAAUGUCCUUGAUGCCAUUGGAGAUGUCAAACUCAACAACUUCAUGAAUGCACAGCUGAACAACGCCAGUUUCGUUGACAAGUUGUUCCAGAAGAUGCUCCAUCCCGGCUGUGUCUCAAACACCAGUGGAAGCAUGGACUGGCUCCAGAGGAACUUUGGCAUCUUUUCUGUUUUUGCAGAACUGCAGGAGUUACAAGUCCUUAAUCCCCACUUCUCCAGCAAGGAAUCACUGUCGCUGCUUACCCCAACCCAAGUGGCACAAUUGACAUUGACCUCCGGGGCAUUGAAUGACACAGAUGACAUUAAACUUGUGUUUACGCGGCUGGAGGAAGGAGACGCUUUCAAAAAUGUUGACGAGUUUCUGACGCAACUGACCGCAAAGGAAGAGAUUCCUGACAUCCAUCCAGCCGUGAGAGAUGUGAUGAUGAAUCAGACGUUCAACAUCAUCAGCCUUCAAUUCCCAGAGUUCGAAACGCUGGACUGGAUUGCAUGGUUCGAAGUAAAGCUGAUUCCCAUCCUCCCCAGUUUUAAUGAAGUCAUGCUCACCAUUGCUACCUCAAACGUCAACUGCACCAACUACCAAGUCAUUGUAAAUGGAAUGGACAGAGCUUUCCCUGAAAUGACUCAGGAUAGAAGAGAAGGAAUCGCAAGAGUCCUGCUGAAAUACCUGAGGAAAUCUGUGCACCUAAUCAAUGGACCAGCUUGCAGGCAGGACAUCCACGAUGACAAUGACUGGCUUGCAAUCAACCUGGGGUCAUACUCCGAGUACACAACCUAUUCGGAUCUCAAAGACUUCAACAUCUCAGGGGUGGCAGUUCUAGACUCCCUCUCACCAAACCAGAAAGCUGAAUUGAUACUGGACCCAAGCACUGGCGCUCUGGAGAAUGAGACUCUUGUGAAGAACGUUUUCAUCAGCUUGCUGGAAUCUCCAAGGGAAGAGCAGCUCAAUGAGUUCUUUGUGACUUUUGUUGAAGUCACCAAGCAGGAAAACAUCACUAUCAUCACAAACACAGCCGUAAGAGACACAAUGCUAGACCUGACCUUGAUGGCUCUUGCUCCCAAAUUCGACGUUUUUGAGCCAAAAGACUUCCAGCUGUGGUUCCAAGUCAAUCUGGUUGUUCUGCUGGCCAGCUUCCAUCCUGGCAGAUUGCUUGAUAUCCCGCUAAACAUCACCUGUGAAUCCUACAAUGCCAUAUUUACGGGUCUCGACCAAAGUUUGGAAUCUCUUCCGCCUCACCUCUCACAGGGUGUAAAGUCAAGCUUGGAUGCACUGAUGAAGACAUUCCAACGUUGCUCAAGGCCUCCAGCUUUAAUUGUGUGCAAAGAAACAUUGGUCAAUGAGAAACAACUUUGUGCUGGAUUUAACAGCACACAACUGAAGCAACAAAUGUCGAUUGGGAAUCUCAAUGAAUCCCUUUGCAAUUUCAACAUCUCUGAAUAUGCCUGUUCCUCAACAACCCUUCUGUCAGCGGACAACUUGGUGACGAUCCUGAAAUGCCAAUUGUCCAGCAAAAAGACUUACUCAACAGAAAUGUGGAAGCUGUUCUUCCAAAACAAUGCUGCUAUUCUGGACCAGGCUCUUCUGGAUUACUCCAGCAUGAACCCCAACACCAGCAGUCCAGCUAUGCCAAAUGUCCUUGAUGCCAUUGGAGAUGUCAAACUCAACAACUUCAUGAAUGCACAGCUGAACAACGCCAGUUUCGUUGACAAGUUGUUCCAGAAGAUGCUCCGUCCAUUCUUGGCAUCUCCAUCUAGGAAUUUCCUCUCCUGUCUCAGCUCAAAGAACUUCAGUUGUCAGACCUACCAAAUUGUCAUUGAGGCUCUAAGCAACCAAUCAGCCUCCAUGGACAGAGAGCAACAACGAGUGAUCUUCACUCAUUACAUCUAUCCAUUCCUUUCAAGAAAUGACUCAUCAGAUCCCGGCUGUGUCUCAAACACCAGUGGAAGCAUGGACUGGCUCCAGAGGAACUUUGGCAUCUUUUCUGUUUUUGCAGAACUGCAGGAGUUACAAGUCCUUAAUCCCCACUUCUCCAGCAAGGAAUCACUGUCGCUGCUUACCCCAACCCAAGUGGCACAAUUGACAUUGACCUCCGGGGCAUUGAAUGACACAGAUGACAUUAAACUUGUGUUUACGCGGCUGGAGGAAGGAGACGCUUUCAAAAAUGUUGACGAGUUUCUGACGCAACUGACCGCAAAGGAAGAGAUUCCUGACAUCCAUCCAGCCGUGAGAGAUGUGAUGAUGAAUCAGACGUUCAACAUCAUCAGCCUUCAAUUCCCAGAGUUCGAAACGCUGGACUGGAUUGCAUGGUUCGAAGUAAAGCUGAUUCCCAUCCUCCCCAGUUUUAAUGAAGUCAUGCUCACCAUUGCUACCUCAAACGUCAACUGCACCAACUACCAAGUCAUUGUAAAUGGAAUGGACAGAGCUUUCCCUGAAAUGACUCAGGAUAGAAGAGAAGGAAUCGCAAGAGUCCUGCUGAAAUACCUGAGGAAAUCUGUGCACCUAAUCAAUGGACCAGCUUGCAGGCAGGACAUCCACGAUGACAAUGACUGGCUUGCAAUCAACCUGGGGUCAUACUCCGAGUACACAACCUAUUCGGAUCUCAAAGACUUCAACAUCUCAGGGGUGGCAGUUCUAGACUCCCUCUCACCAAACCAGAAAGCUGAAUUGAUACUGGACCCAAGCACUGGCGCUCUGGAGAAUGAGACUCUUGUGAAGAACGUUUUCAUCAGCUUGCUGGAAUCUCCAAGGGAAGAGCAGCUCAAUGAGUUCUUUGUGACUUUUGUUGAAGUCACCAAGCAGGAAAACAUCACUAUCAUCACAAACACAGCCGUAAGAGACACAAUGCUAGACCUGACCUUGAUGGCUCUUGCUCCCAAAUUCGACGUUUUUGAGCCAAAAGACUUCCAGCUGUGGUUCCAAGUCAAUCUGGUUGUUCUGCUGGCCAGCUUCCAUCCUGGCAGAUUGCUUGAUAUCCCGCUAAACAUCACCUGUGAAUCCUACAAUGCCAUAUUUACGGGUCUCGACCAAAGUUUGGAAUCUCUUCCGCCUCACCUCUCACAGGGUGUAAAGUCAAGCUUGGAUGCACUGAUGAAGACAUUCCAACGUUGCUCAAGGCCUCCAGCUUUAAUUGUGUGCAAAGAAACAUUGGUCAAUGAGAAACAACUUUGUGCUGGAUUUAACAGCACACAACUGAAGCAACAAAUGUCGAUUGGGAAUCUCAAUGAAUCCCUUUGCAAUUUCAACAUCUCUGAAUAUGCCUGUUCCUCAACAACCCUUCUGUCAGCGGACAACUUGGUGACGAUCCUGAAAUGCCAAUUGUCCAGCAAAAAGACUUACUCAACAGAAAUGUGGAAGCUGUUCUUCCAAAACAAUGCUGCUAUUCUGGACCAGGCUCUUCUGGAUUACUCCAGCAUGAACCCCAACACCAGCAGUCCAGCUAUGCCAAAUGUCCUUGAUGCCAUUGGAGAUGUCAAACUCAACAACUUCAUGAAUGCACAGCUGAACAACGCCAGUUUCGUUGACAAGUUGUUCCAGAAGAUGCUCCGUCCAUUCUUGUCAUCUCCAUCUAGGAAUUUCCUCUCCUGUCUCAGCUCAAAGAACUUCAGUUGUCUGACCUACCAAAUUGUCAUUGAGGCUCUAAGCAACCAAUCAGCCUCCAUGGACAGAGAGCAACAACGAGUGAUCUUCACUCAUUACAUCUAUCCAUUCCUUUCAAGAAAUGACUCAUCAGAUCCCGGCUGUGUCUCAAACACCAGUGGAAGCAUGGACUGGCUCCAGAGGAACUUUGGCAUCUUUUCUGUUUUUGCAGAACUGCAGGAGUUACAAGUCCUUAAUCCCCACUUCUCCAGCAAGGAAUCACUGUCGCUGCUUACCCCAACCCAAGUGGCACAAUUGACAUUGACCUCCGGGGCAUUGAAUGACACAGAUGACAUUAAACUUGUGUUUACGCGGCUGGAGGAAGGAGACGCUUUCAAAAAUGUUGACGAGUUUCUGACGCAACUGACCGCAAAGGAAGAGAUUCCUGACAUCCAUCCAGCCGUGAGAGAUGUGAUGAUGAAUCAGACGUUCAACAUCAUCAGCCUUCAAUUCCCAGAGUUCGAAACGCUGGACUGGAUUGCAUGGUUCGAAGUAAAGCUGAUUCCCAUCCUCCCCAGUUUUAAUGAAGUCAUGCUCACCAUUGCUACCUCAAACGUCAACUGCACCAACUACCAAGUCAUUGUAAAUGGAAUGGACAGAGCUUUCCCUGAAAUGACUCAGGAUAGAAGAGAAGGAAUCGCAAGAGUCCUGCUGAAAUACCUGAGGAAAUCUGUGCACCUAAUCAAUGGACCAGCUUGCAGGCAGGACAUCCACGAUGACAAUGACUGGCUUGCAAUCAACCUGGGGUCAUACUCCGAGUACACAACCUAUUCGGAUCUCAAAGACUUCAACAUCUCAGGGGUGGCAGUUCUAGACUCCCUCUCACCAAACCAGAAAGCUGAAUUGAUACUGGACCCAAGCACUGGCGCUCUGGAGAAUGAGACUCUUGUGAAGAACGUUUUCAUCAGCUUGCUGGAAUCUCCAAGGGAAGAGCAGCUCAAUGAGUUCUUUGUGACUUUUGUUGAAGUCACCAAGCAGGAAAACAUCACUAUCAUCACAAACACAGCCGUAAGAGACACAAUGCUAGACCUGACCUUGAUGGCUCUUGCUCCCAAAUUCGACGUUUUUGAGCCAAAAGACUUCCAGCUGUGGUUCCAAGUCAAUCUGGUUGUUCUGCUGGCCAGCUUCCAUCCUGGCAGAUUGCUUGAUAUCCCGCUAAACAUCACCUGUGAAUCCUACAAUGCCAUAUUUACGGGUCUCGACCAAAGUUUGGAAUCUCUUCCGCCUCACCUCUCACAGGGUGUAAAGUCAAGCUUGGAUGCACUGAUGAAGACAUUCCAACGUUGCUCAAGGCCUCCAGCUUUAAUUGUGUGCAAAGAAACAUUGGUCAAUGAGAAACAACUUUGUGCUGGAUUUAACAGCACACAACUGAAGCAACAAAUGUCGAUUGGGAAUCUCAAUGAAUCCCUUUGCAAUUUCAACAUCUCUGAAUAUGCCUGUUCCUCAACAACCCUUCUGUCAGCGGACAACUUGGUGACGAUCCUGAAAUGCCAAUUGUCCAGCAAAAAGACUUACUCAACAGAAAUGUGGAAGCUGUUCUUCCAAAACAAUGCUGCUAUUCUGGACCAGGCUCUUCUGGAUUACUCCAGCAUGAACCCCAACACCAGCAGUCCAGCUAUGCCAAAUGUCCUUGAUGCCAUUGGAGAUGUCAAACUCAACAACUUCAUGAAUGCACAGCUGAACAACGCCAGUUUCGUUGACAAGUUGUUCCAGAAGAUGCUCCGUCCAUUCUUGUCAUCUCCAUCUAGGAAUUUCCUCUCCUGUCUCAGCUCAAAGAACUUCAGUUGUCUGACCUACCAAAUUGUCAUUGAGGCUCUAAGCAACCAAUCAGCCUCCAUGGACAGAGAGCAACAACGAGUGAUCUUCACUCAUUACAUCUAUCCAUUCCUUUCAAGAAAUGACUCAUCAGAUCCCGGCUGUGUCUCAAACACCAGUGGAAGCAUGGACUGGCUCCAGAGGAACUUUGGCAUCUUUUCUGUUUUUGCAGAACUGCAGGAGUUACAAGUCCUUAAUCCCCACUUCUCCAGCAAGGAAUCACUGUCGCUGCUUACCCCAACCCAAGUGGCACAAUUGACAUUGACCUCCGGGGCAUUGAAUGACACAGAUGACAUUAAACUUGUGUUUACGCGGCUGGAGGAAGGAGACGCUUUCAAAAAUGUUGACGAGUUUCUGACGCAACUGACCGCAAAGGAAGAGAUUCCUGACAUCCAUCCAGCCGUGAGAGAUGUGAUGAUGAAUCAGACGUUCAACAUCAUCAGCCUUCAAUUCCCAGAGUUCGAAACGCUGGACUGGAUUGCAUGGUUCGAAGUAAAGCUGAUUCCCAUCCUCCCCAGUUUUAAUGAAGUCAUGCUCACCAUUGCUACCUCAAACGUCAACUGCACCAACUACCAAGUCAUUGUAAAUGGAAUGGACAGAGCUUUCCCUGAAAUGACUCAGGAUAGAAGAGAAGGAAUCGCAAGAGUCCUGCUGAAAUACCUGAGGAAAUCUGUGCACCUAAUCAAUGGACCAGCUUGCAGGCAGGACAUCCACGAUGACAAUGACUGGCUUGCAAUCAACCUGGGGUCAUACUCCGAGUACACAACCUAUUCGGAUCUCAAAGACUUCAACAUCUCAGGGGUGGCAGUUCUAGACUCCCUCUCACCAAACCAGAAAGCUGAAUUGAUACUGGACCCAAGCACUGGCGCUCUGGAGAAUGAGACUCUUGUGAAGAACGUUUUCAUCAGCUUGCUGGAAUCUCCAAGGGAAGAGCAGCUCAAUGAGUUCUUUGUGACUUUUGUUGAAGUCACCAAGCAGGAAAACAUCACUAUCAUCACAAACACAGCCGUAAGAGACACAAUGCUAGACCUGACCUUGAUGGCUCUUGCUCCCAAAUUCGACGUUUUUGAGCCAAAAGACUUCCAGCUGUGGUUCCAAGUCAAUCUGGUUGUUCUGCUGGCCAGCUUCCAUCCUGGCAGAUUGCUUGAUAUCCGCUAA